AUGUUACGUUGUCCUAAACUGACCCGGUACAAACUGAUGAGCGGCGGACUUCUAGCGGCCUUUUCUCUCUUCCUUAUGCUCAGCACCGUGACCAGAAUGAAUGAAGUUCACAUCAGGCAUGGCAGCAAAGAUUUCACCUUCUUCUCUGUGGCUUUCUAUGGGUCCAGCGACAACUUUGUUCCUCUCUCCCAAGAGAAUCUCUCCAGAAACAUCAUCAAUAACUGUUCUGGAUAUAAUAUUUCAGGUAUUUCAGAAUGCAAUCUAUGUUCAGGAUACAUUUCUAACUACGCCGUCGAAAACAGCGAUGAAAGUCAACUACCACUUCCCAUUAGCCUAAAAAGGCGUUUGCCAUCAGCCAUUGUCAUCGGGGCUCGUAAAGCUGGAACCAGAGCUCUCCUCCGCUUCAUCAAUCUUCAUCCAGACGUGGCCGCUUCCAGGCAGGAAACGCACUUUUUUGACAGAUACUUCGACCAAGGUCUGGACUGGUAUAGGGAUCAGAUGCCGUAUUCUCUGGAGACCCAGCUAACUGUUGAAAAGACCCCCAGCUACUUCGUGGACUGGAUGGUGCCAGAGAGGGUCUACAACUUUAAUUCUUCCAUAAAACUCAUCCUCAUUGUCCGGAAUCCUAUAGACAGAGCCGUGUCUGAUUACGUUCAGCUGAAGCAUUCUCAACGUCGUCUAAGUUUUAAAUACAAAACACUGGAAUUCGAAAAAUUUUACAAGAGCGGCCACGGAGAAUACUUUGGCAGCUUCGAGGAGUUAGCCUUCGACAGAUACACAGGUGAGAUUAACAAGUCGUACGCCCCCAUCAAGAGAUCCUUGUAUUGUCGACACCUGGAGAAAUGGCUCAACCACUUCCAGCUCUCACAGAUGUUGGUCAUUGACGGUGAGAACAUCAAAGUUCGGCCUUGGGAAGAGAUGUACAAGCUGGAGGAAUUUCUAGGGUUAUCGCACCAAAUUGGCAAGGAUCGGUUUGUGUACAAUGAGACGAAAGGUUUUUACUGCGUACGGCUAGAGAAACGGAACCAGCUACCUCAGACCAAUGACCAAGCCAGCGACCUCAUCAUGUGGUCAGAACAGUGUCUUGCGGACAGCAAGGGACGCGAUCACCCAGUUCUACAGCGAGAUGUCAGACAGCAGUUAUUGAACUUUUUCCAGCCAUUCAACAAUCGAUUUUUCAUGAGAGUAAGCCAAACGUUUGAUUGGAAAUAG